CACUGUCUUUGUUCCUCCACUCAGAAUCUCUCCCCCUCUCACUUUCUACUCCGCAGUGUCUCUCUCCCUCUCUUUCUCUAUACUCUCCUUUACUUCCAUUACAGUAUUACACCGGUCUGGAUGAUUGCAGAGACAGCAACAUGGCUGUGAAUCUCGGCAAGAACAGACUGGCCCUUCUAACAGCCUACCAGGAUGUUAUCAACGAGACCUCGUCCACCGACUGGGCCUUGUUCUCAUAUGAGGGCAACAGCAAUGAUUUGACUCUGGCAUCAUCAGGAGCUGGAGGUCUACCAGAGAUCACAGUGACCUUCGAUAAUGGCCGGGUCAUGUACGGCUUCUGCAGCCUGAAGGAGCCCACGGCCGCACUGCCACGCUACGUCCUCAUCAACUGGGUUGGUGAGGAUGUGCCUGAUGCCAGGAAGUGUCAGUGUGCCAGCCAUGUGGCUAACAUUGCAGAGUUUUUCCAGGUCAGUCUCACUGAGGGAGUCAACGUCAUCAUCAACGCCAGCACCAUGGAGGACAUUGAACCAUCUGCCAUUGGACAGAGACUGACAAAUGGGAUGGCUUCGGUAGCCAGCCCCGUCCUCAGCCGGCUGAGAACCAGAGAGGAGGAGAAUGGAGAGGAUGGAGUGGGCACCGUGUACACCAAAACCAACGCAGAGAUUGAGAUGAAGAAGAUCAAUAGAGAGGAAUUCUGGGAACAAGCCAAGCGUGAGGAAGAGUUGAGAAAGGAGGAGGAGAGGAAGAAGGUUGCGGAGGAGAGGCAACGCUUCGAGGAGGAGAGGAUGGAGCUGGAAAGGAAGGAGCAGGAGGAUAGAGAGAAGAGGUACCGUGAGAGGGAGCGGCAGAUCGAGGAACACAGAAAGAAGAUACAGGAGGAAGAGGAGGCCAAAGACAGGACACGGAACCAGCCCCUCGUAACAGCAGAACCUAGCUAUGAGGACCUGGAGAAGGAGAAGGAGUCUGAAGUGGAGGAGGCGAAAGCCCUCAUUGCCCAGCGGGCAGACAACCCCAGGGAGUUCUUUAAGCAGAAGGAGAAGGCUGUGGCUACUGGUUUGGACAUCUCCCCUGUCUCUAGCCACAGGACCGGCCGUUUGGACAGCCCGUUACCAGGCCGUUUGGACAGCCCGUUUUUGAAGCAGCAGCACAGUCCCAGCGAGCCCAGUCCGCCCCCCCUCCGCACCCCACCUCACGCAAGGCUGCAGCCCACUGCACCCGAUGGCGAUGAUGAAGGGAGCUUAGAUCACAGUAUGGGAACGUCCUCAACGCCAAUCCCCAAAAUAGUCACCACACCCAUCCAGGAGGCGGAGGAUGACAGCCGGAACGAGUGGGGUGAGCCCAAGCAACAGCCAGGCCCGGUCCAGGACUCCACCCCCACCAAGCCCAUUCAGAGCGUGGCACCCCAGACCCGCACAGACUCCAAACCCCCAUCCUCAACCCCGGACGACUAUGACCCCUUCUCAGGCUUCAGGCCUCUGCCUGCCCCCACCACCGCAGACCCCCUGGUGGAGCUAUGGGACAGCAGCCCUGCCACUGGCAUCGCCCCCUCUCAGGCCCCACACCCUGGAGGGCAAGCCCAGCCCCUGCUGAGCUUUGACGAGAUGGGGGAUGUACCAUUCUGCCCGGGGGGUCCCGAGGGGGUCGAGGAAGAGCCCUCCAGCCUAGUGGAUGUGGCCGGGACCCACGAUAUGACCCUGAGCUACCAGCAAGCACUGCAGCACGCUUCAGAUGAUACUCAGCUGAUGACCAACGGGGAGACCCUGCUCAAAGAAGGGACUCAGGCGAACAAGGGUUACUUCAGCCAAUCGCAGGAGGAGGAGAAAUGCUCUGCUAAAAUGACCCCAACGUCAGUGUUUUAUAACAAGCCACCAGAGAUCGACAUCACAUGCUGGGACACAGACCCUGUAAUGGAAGACAGCGACUAGACCAUGGCGAAGUAGUCCGGCCUGGCGGUGGGAAGCAGAAACAACGCAUCAUCAACAACGAAACAGACUUUUUUUAAAGUAGUAACAACAACAAGUCUUGCAUUAAAAAAAAUUGUAAAAUGUUCUAGAAGGGGGAAAAAAACUGAUGUUAGCCACAGAAAAGGUUUUUGAGUUAUUGUUAAAGAUGCUAAUGGGUUAAUAAUAAGCUCUUGGUUUUGUGUUUUUUUUCUUUCUUUGAUUUCUCCUUUUUUUGUUAUGCGGAGUAAAUAGUGGGGAGUGGGGAAUACUUUCUUCAGAAUGUACGUGUCUUCUACAGCAGACUAAACACCCUGUACCAGACAGGUAGCCUAUUAGAAUGUAUAGCAACCCUCCCCCUCCAUUCUCCCUUGUUCUGGGUAGCUACAGUAGUUGGGGAUAAAAGUGGGAGUGGUGCCUGGUGGGAAGGAGGGAGAGUGGGAUCAGAGAGGAGUGGUGCCUGGUGGGAAGGAGGGAGAGUGGGAUCAGAGAGGAGU